ACUCCACGGAGGAGAGCAGUUUGCACAAGGACCUGCUGACAUCCCUGCUGAUUCUGCUCCUGGUCUUCAUCAUUUUCAUUCUGCUGGCGGGGUAUUUUUUCAGGUUCAGGAGGCACAGGAAAGCUGUUGUGAACUCUGGGGACAAGAAGAUGCCAAAUGGGAUCUUAGAAGAACAAGAACAGCAACGGGUCAUGCUCCUCAGCAGGUCUCCCUCAGGCCCAAAGAAGUAUUUCCCUAUCCCAGUGGAGAACCUGGAGGAGGAGCUACGGAUGCGCUCGGCAGACGAGGGGAAGCUCUUCAGGGAGGAGUUCAAUUCAUUAACCCCUGGAUACGUGCAAGGAACGUUUGAAAUGGCAAAUAAAGAAGAAAACAGAGAGAAAAACAGAUAUCCCAACAUCCUGCCAU